GCUGCCAUCCCGCCAGUGGAUGUCGUUUUCUCUUCCCCCGCGCGAGCCCACGGGGUGUCACUCCUCCGGGAUGACCUCAACUUCGGCCCGCGUUUACCGCCUCACACGCUCCCGACAUCCGCGGAGCCUGGCCGCUCGCUGGGACAGCACGAUGGGCACUGAUCGAGACCCCUGAGAGUCUCCAGCUCGCCUGGAGCUGCGGCUGUCCACGCCACCGCCGAGGAAGCGAGCGACCAGCUGCAGCCAAGGCUCCCUUUCCUCAGCGCCCACCAGGCAGGCAGGCAGGCAGGAUGUCCCCGGCAGGCUGGGAGGCCCUGGUGGCCCUGGCGGCGGUGGCCUGCCUGGCCGAGGGGGUGCGCGGCGGCUACGGCUUGAACAUGUUCGCCGUGCAGACGGCCCCGCAGCCGGAUCCCUGCUACGAUGAAAACGGGCAGCCGCGGCGCUGCAUCCCGGACUUCGUCAACGCCGCUUUCGGCAAGGAGGUCAAGGUGUCGAGCACCUGCGGCCGCCCCCAAUCGCGCUACUGCGUGCUGGCCGAGAAGGGCGAGGAGCGAAGCCGCAGCUGCCACCUGUGCGACGCCGCCGACCCCAAGCGGGCCCACCCGGCCUCCUACUUGACCGACCUCAACAACCCGCACAAUCUGACCUGCUGGCAAUCGGAGAGCUUCGUGCAGCACCCGCUCAACGUGACGCUCGUGUUGGCGCUGGGCAAGAAAUUCGAGGUGACCUACGUCAGCCUGCAGUUCUGCUCGCCGCGGCCGGAGUCCAUGGCCAUCGCCAAGUCCAUGGACGGCGGCAAGAGCUGGGUGCCCUUCCAGUUUUAUUCCACGCAGUGCCGCAAGAUGUACAACAAGCCCAGCCGCGCCGCCAUCACCAAACAGAACGAGCAGGAGGCCAUCUGCACCGACUCGCACACCGACAUGCGGCCCCUCAGCGGGGGGCUCAUCGCCUUCAGCACCCUCGACGGCAGGCCCUCGGCCCACGACUUCGACAACUCGCCCGUCCUGCAGGACUGGGUCACGGCCACCGACAUCAAGGUGGUCUUCAGCCGCCUCCACACCUUCGGCGACGAGAACGAGGACGAUUCCGAGCUGGCCCGCGAUUCCUACUACUACGCCGUCUCCGACCUCCAGGUGGGCGGCCGCUGCAAGUGCAACGGGCACGCCUCCCGCUGCGUCCGCGACCGCGACGACCACCUGGUCUGCGACUGCAAGCACAACACCGCCGGGCCCGAGUGCGACCACUGCAAGCCUUUCCACUACGACAGGCCUUGGCAGAGGGCCACCGCCCGCGAAGCCAACGAGUGCGUCGCUUGUAACUGCAACCUGCAUGCCAGAAGGUGUCGUUUUAACAUGGAACUCUACAAAUUAUCUGGUCGCAAGAGUGGGGGUGUUUGCCUUAAUUGCCGACACAACACAGCUGGUCGUCACUGCCACUAUUGUAAAGAAGGCUACUAUCGGGAUAUGACCAAACCCAUCACACACAGGAAAGCAUGCAAAGCAUGUGAUUGCCAUCCCGUGGGUGCAGCUGGAAAAACCUGUAAUCAAACUACAGGGCAAUGUCCCUGCAAAGAUGGUGUGACGGGCAUCACUUGUAAUCGAUGUGCCAAAGGCUACCAGCAAAGCAGAUCUCCCAUUGCCCCCUGCAUAAAGAUUCCUGUUGCUCCUCCUACCACUGUGGCCAGCAGCACAGAAAAGCCUGCAGACUGUGAUACCUACUGCAAGGCAUCCAAAGGGAAGCUGAAGAUAAACAUGAAGAAGUAUUGCAAGAAAGACUAUGCUGUCCAGAUCCACAUCCUGAAAGCGGAGAAAGCUGCAGAAUGGUGGAAGUUCACGGUCAACAUCAUCUCUGUUUACAAGCAAGGGGCGAAUCGGAUACGGCGUGGUGACCAGAUCCUCUGGAUUCGCUCCAAGGACAUUGCCUGCAAGUGUCCCAAGAUCAAGCCUAUGAAGAAAUAUUUGUUACUGGGCCAUGAUGAGAACUCUCCAGAUCAGAAUGGCCUUGUAGCAGACAAAAGCAGCCUUGUGAUACAAUGGAGGGACACAUGGGCCAGGCGCCUGAGAAAGUUCCAGCAACGAGAAAAGAAGGGGAAAUGCAAGAAAGCCUAGAGGGAGGAUCAGAGACAAGGAAAGACUGCACAUCCUUUCAUGUCCAAGUCAGAGCAGAUGAGGUGGGAUUAGGGACACUGGCAAGAAGCUCACUUUGCAAUUUAUAUGCAACUGGGUGGGGAGGACAAGUGAGGAAUUAAUAACCUGUGAGUUAUGCCCAUUUUGGCCCUCAUAAAUACAAAACCCACACAAAAACUAGUGAGAAAACUAACUGUAAAUCCCUACUCACCAUAGUAACAAAUAUUAGAUCAGUUACUACUUCCCGUUCUCCCAUUUGAUUUCUUUUUUUUCCCCCCACUUUUUUCUCAAAUCAUUUUGGUCUGAAGGAUGAUGAAUUGCCUUAAAUUCACCAUCUUAAUUACUUUUCAAGUCCAAACAUAAGAACCAACCAACUUGUCACUGAAAAGAAUGAUAUUGGACAGAAACUGUCCUCCUAUAUGUCUUCACUUGCAAGAAAUGGAAACAGAUUGCUGUUGGUAGAAAGAACAGACAAACGGGGUUGUUGGCUAAAAAUUGAUCAUGGGGUACUGCAUAACAGUCUGCUGGCUGGUUCUUCUAUCAUCUGUUACACAGCAACUUAGGGGACAUACCUUACUCGCCAUCGUAAAUGAGAGCAGUCACAAAUGUGUGAAAUGUACACUAAAGUCUUAUUGCUCAUAUUAAAAAAGGCAACUUGCUCCUAAAGAAAGGAAGAUGAGAGUUGUGAAGAAGGAUGCAUUUAUGGAACAGCUCAAUGAUGGAUACCCAAUGAGUAGCAAUACCUAGAAGAACACUAGUCAACACUCAGCUAAAAGAAGGGUAAAAUUACUGGCUUUUUAGAAAAUCUGCUUGCAGUGCUGCAUUUGUGAACACAACUCACCAAAAAAAAAAAAAGUUUUAUAUUUUUCUUUCUAAAUUCAUCAAAACAUGAAACAAAUGCUAUCACAAAAUAAUAACCGCUUUAUAAAUAAAACGUAUUCAUCUCAAUUGCAUAAAGCAAAAGUUACACAGGACAGAUGGUUUUUACUAUACUGAUUUUUCUCUUGAGAUAACACUGUGUUAAUAGUUCAGCUCCCUGACCAUGGAAAUAUGUCUAAUGAAAGUGUGCAAUGAAAUUCCAUCUCUCCACAUUAGUGUGUCUCGAUUGUGGUCAUUAAUAUCUCAUGUAAGAUUUUAACAGUGCUGCUGUCUCCAUCAAGCAUGUUUCUGAACCGCAGAUUAUUUUACGAACUGGAUGAAUUUGUCAAGAUUUGUACCUUACUUACAUGCAUGGAUGAAGAGAAAGGGGGCGGGGGAGAAUCAAAUAAGUUUUACUACUGCUUAUAAAGAUGAAAAAGAGUCCGAGCUAAUUAAUCGUUUUGUUUAUUUGUUUUAAAGAGCUUACUAUAUGUAGCUUUAAUUUCUUAGUUGUAAAAUUUGAUAUUGACUAUAAUUUAGAAUGAGGGAAUCAUUCUACCAGAUUUCUUUUACAGAAAUUCUCUGCACUUCCUUAAACAGAAAAGUUGGCGGUGGGCUUUCUCUUCUGUAUGAAGUUCACAAGAAGUGAGCUUUCUGUUCAUGCAAUCUCCACUUUCCUUGCAAGCAAACCAGGAAGGCUGCAUUAAAUUCAGCACAAAUAAGUAUAAAAUGACCAGAUGCCAGGGAAGUAGAUGGUAGGGGGAGUACGAGAAGUUCCUGGGAAAGAAGAGAAUAAAGCUUAGUUGCUUUGCACACUCACAGAAGCCUCUGGGCUGUCCCUUUUUUCUAUCAGCUGAAUUUCGACAGAAAAAUACAGUCCUCAAAUUACGACCACAAUUGAGCCUAACAUUUAUGUUGCUAAAUGACAAAUUUGUUAAGUGAGUUUUGCCCCAUUUUAUGACUUUUCUUGCCAUGUUUGUUAAGUGAAUCACUGCAGUUCUUAAAUUAGUAACCCCGUUGUUAAGUGAAUCCAGUUUCCCCACUGACUUUGCCUGUCAGGUCGCAAAAGGGGAUCACAUGAUCUAGGACACUGUAACCAUCAUAAAUGUGAGCCAAUUGCCAAUUAUCUGAAUUUGGAUCACAUGACCAUGGGGAUGUUGCAACGAUUGUAAGUGUGAAAAAUGCAGUCAUCUCAACUUUCUACUCUCAGCUUGUUCAUCAUAUGGGAAUGAUAUCCAGCAUAUUUGAGCUUAUAACUAACUAACUAAACUAACUUCCAGAUCAUUGUAGUAUUCAUUGGAAUGCCAGUUGAAAUCCCCUGUUAUUUUUGUUCAAACCCCUGCUUUAGGUUUAUAAAAUUAAUGAAGUAUGUAUUCGUACAUACUAUAGAUAUACAGACAUAGGCACACACAAACUAGGUAGCUGCAGUCAGAAAACUAAGGAAUUUUGGGUAAAAGCAGGAGGGAUAUCUCUAAUGUGUGCACAGACACCAUUAGUUUCAGACACACAGAAAAUAUGUCGGGCAACUCUACAUCACUCCACAAGAUGUAAAAGUAACCUAACCACAUCAUUGCAGAAAAUGGCAAGCUGCUGUCAAAACUAACAGAAAUGCGAUAUUGAUAGCUAUGAUGGAGUAACAAAAAAAGCUAAACAUUGUUCUCAAGAGAUGCACACUGCCUUCCAGAAUUGACAAUAGUGUCUAAAUAGGGGGUUGAACUAAUUAAAACUGGUUUCAUGUUGGUUUGUUCUCAUUUAAAAUAUCUCUACAGUUCUAGUUUUUCCAGGCUGCGUUCUCUGAAAGAAUCAACCAUGUCUAGUACCACUUUAUGAGAAAUGCAAUAUAAUCCGUAUCUUCUGUUGAAGUUCCUCACAGGAAGAACAAUAAGCUUGUAGCUGCUGAGCACUUUAUACCCAUCCCUUAAGAUCUAGCUAAGAUCAAUAGAUCAAUUUCCAGUUGAUUUUAGCAGCCAAAGUAGAGAACUCAAAGCCAAUGAUACCAAGCUUUGGCACAAAAUAGCAGGAUAUCCAUUACCCAGACAGCAAUGUGGAAAUGAAUAGAAAAAAGUAAGUGGAAGAAGAGGUAUGUAAUUAUAUCCGAUACAUAUUUUAGUAAGAAACUCAAAGGUGUUUCUAUAUUGACCCGUUGUCCAUUAAAUUAAUGAACAAAUUCUCUCCUGGGUCAUGUCCUAGGAAAAACUCUAUGCUGUUUUGCAUUGGAGGCACCUAUUCAGAGUCAAAUUGCAGUCUUACUAGCAGCAGUGAUGAGGUAUCUUUCCCAUUUAUUAGUUUGUUUGUUUUUUAAAAAACUUGGGCCAUUUCUACUCAUGCAGAAUUUUUUUUACUUUUUUUGCUUUUUUUUUUUUGCUUUUGGUAUCCAGAUUGUGCUGAGUAAAGACAAGUCAGGACUUUACCAAAAUCUUGUUUUGUUUUUGUUUUUUAAAAUAAUUCUUUGGCAUUGUAAGGUAGCCCACAAAACUGUAAGAGCACUAGGGCGAACUGUGAAAAAAACAUAAGGCUGGAGUGAGUGAGAGAGAUUACCAACAGUAUAAAAAGUUUAACCACAUCACAGAUUUUCAGGAUUACUAAUAGUCAUUAAAUUCAAGAAAUAACUCAGAAACAUCAGUUCUGUCACAGGUUAUGUAUUUCCAUGAAAUCCUUAAAAAACAAUUUUGGUGGCCUUGUGCAUUGCUGAUUUCCUAGAAAUAUUCAGGAUUUCAUGAAAUUGCUUUUGAAAUUGUUCCUCAAUUUUCAUGUAAUGUGUUGGGCAGUCUGAUGCAAUGGUUUUCCUUGAAUAUGCAUGUGUCAAGAUAAGAUUUGGGAUGGGGGGUUAGGCCUGGCCUGUAAUCAGCACCUCAAAAGAAAGUAAAUAUUUUAAUUUACAAAUGAGUAGCAUCUCAGAUUAACAAGGUGUUUUCAUUGCAAAUCUUAGUAAGAUGUUUUUAUGACAGUGCCUUUGUUAUCAAGUCCAGCAUCUUGACUACAAAGCAGCAAACAUUACUGUAAUCCUAUAUAGAAAUAUGGGAGGCAAUUUGGGUUUGCUUUUUUUGAAAUAUUGAUAACCACUAUAUAUAAUCACUCAACAUGAUUACAAAACAUAUAUGUUCAUGGUAUCUAAUCUCUUUCAAAGAGUUGAAAAAGUCUUACCUUCUGUUACACAAAUAUUCUGAAAAGCUGUGAAAUGUGAUAGUUGCAUCAA